ACGAGUUCUAGUCGUCUUCAUGUGUCGCAGGACCGUCAUCAGAUAUUCAUCACCUUCGCGGAGUAUGACUGUAAUUAUAUUCAGUAUCUUGACAAUACACUCCCCCCGAAUUCGCCCCGUCCAUUUCUCAAGAUGCAUGAAUUCGGACCUUGGAAUACGAUGAUCAGAAGUGAUAUGGAAAUUAUUGGUAGCAUUCUGCUGGCUAUCUCCUUGCGCGCGUAUUCUGAUGCCAAUCUGGGCAAACCAUCCACCAGUGAGCAGCAUAGUAGCUGA